CCAUGGCUGCUCCAAACUUCAGCUUGGCAGCGUCCCCCUUCUCCUCUCUUCUCAAAGGUGGCAGUUCCAACCUGGGUAACCAUGGACUGCCACCAAUGAUUCUUAGGAGUAUCUCCUGCCAGACAGAGUCAUACAUCUAACACUUUGUACCCAUGUUGCUGUUUAGAUGCCCCAUGUAAUUGCUGUACCUCCUGCUAUCCUCCUGUAGUCAGGUGCUAGGUGAUCUAUUGCAAGUUCACACUUUAGAGCUAUUGUGCUCCAGGGAUGUCAAGCUCCUCUGCUGUCUCUCCCUAUUACCAAAAUUUAGCUAGCUUGUCUGAAUAGGUGUGGUAAGUUUUCAGAGAUUAAGCUUAGAAAGCCCAAAAUAUAAGAAUGUUUAAUAAAUGAUUAAAAGAAUACACAUGUUCUGUUCAAGUUUUCGGGCAAAGCAAGGGAACAAAGAGAAGAAAGGUGAAAGGCCUCUUGAUUUAGGACAGGCAAGCUUUACUUAAAGAUGUGAUAAGUUAGAGUUCAUCAUUGCCUUAGCUCUCCAUGUUGGGGCUCUCAUUGUCCCCUGCCUCAUGGGCAAAUGGAGUCCCUAGGCAAAAUCUUAGUCCAUCAUGGUUUACGCACAUCUGAAGAGCUGCCCAAAAUGGAAGAAGAGUAUUCUCUCUACUGUCUAGAGUUUUUAUAACCUCUUUUCCUCUUCGCCUGUACUCAAAAGGAGAGAAAGUCUUCUGAGCUUUAUGGCUCAAAGUGUGGUUUACUAGCAGGGGAUGAGGUAGUAAGCCAUUAGCAUAACUAAGAGCUUGACGGUUCCUAUCUUCAAACUCUCUUCUGCCAGCUAUCAUUCUGCAUCAGUCUCCUGUCCCCGGACAGAGCAGUACAGUAAUUGAAACAUUGGGGUGAAUUCUUGGGUGGAGGGUGUUUCUUCACAAUCCUCUUGUUCAGUUAGUUAAUUAGAUUGCAACUAUGUCUUAACAGCUAUUUUUUUAAAAAACAGGUAACCUCCACUGUGUUACAGGAUCAGUGGGAAUCUUAAGUGUGGUGUCCCACAACAAGAUGAUUUGUUUUUGAGCUUGUGCUGAGAGGACUGGAAUUGCAAAUCUGUUUUUCAGAAUAAUGUGGGUUACCAAAAGUAUGUACAGAUUGCAACGACAACAGAUUUGCCUGAAGCAGGCUGGACUAUACAACACUCUGUUUCUUAAACUCCAGCAUUUUGGGGCUAAUGCUGAUAGUUAUUACAGUUUGCAAACUGUCCGUGGUGUAACUACAUGCAACGUUUCCCCAAUACAAAAUACAUGGCUCAUAAUGGAUGUCACGUCAGCUGUCAACAGAAGAAGCAGCAAUACAGUUUAUGGAAUAACAUGUGACACACCACAUGGAAGAAGGCAGCGUGAUAUGGAAGCCAAAAUGAAACAUCUCAACUUGUCCUUUGCAGCCUGUGGGUUUCUGGGGAUCUACCACUUGGGGGCAGCAACUGCUCUCUGCAGACAUGGUAAGAAGUUACUGAAGGCUGUGAAGGCCUUUGCUGGAGCUUCUGCAGGAGCUUUGAUUGCCACCCUUCUUUUAACGGUGCCAGAAAAUAUAGAGGAAUGUAUACAAGUUACACAUACAUUUGCAGAAGAAACUAGGAAACAAUAUUUGGGAGCACUAACGCCAGGCUAUGAUUUCAUGACAAAACUUAGGGGCAGCAUUGAUUCAGUUCUCCCUCCUAACGCUCAUGAGAUAGCAGAAAAUCGCCUCUUUAUAUCAGUCACUAGUGCUAAAAAUGGAAAAAAUCAUUUGCUUUCAAAUUUUGCCUCGAGAGAGGAUCUUGUUAAGGCUCUCCUAGCCAGUAGUUUUAUUCCUUUGUAUGCAGGAAUCAGUGCAGUGGAUUAUCAAGGAGAGAAAUGGAUUGAUGGUGGAUUAACCAAUGGCCUCCCUAUCCUGCCAGUGGGUCGAACUGUGACAGUUUCUCCCUUCUGCGGACGACUAGACAUCUGCCCACAAAACAAAGGACGCAUAAAUGUUUAUGUUAAAAUUGCAAAGCAAGAUUUCAUGUUAUCCAUAGCCAACCUCAUACGACUUCACCAGGCUCUGUUUCCACCAAGCCAGAAGAAAAUGGAAGCGCUGUACCAAGAUGGAUAUGAUGAUGCCAUACUCUUUUUACUGAAGGAAAACUGGUUUGAAUAGAUUAUGUGUGUUGAAAAUUAACAAAGUCUGAUGGCUGUCAGAGCAAAGCUACACUAUGUGGAGCCCAAGGGAUUGCUGUCAAAUUUCUGUUUAUCUAAAACGACUGCCAUAGGAAUUGCAUCUGUCGCUGUCAAGCAAGUGUUAUAUAUAGGUGUGUUGGCUAGAAUUGUAAACAUAUUCAAAUGCAAUGGAAUUGUACUUAUGCAGUAAGUUACUGUUUUGAGCAAAAUAGUAAGCAAAGGUGUGUCUAAAGGAUGUCUAUUACAGCAUCCAGUGAUAAUUCAAGAAAUGCUAAAAUAUGUUUGCCAGCAUUAAUUAGACUUCAGAUAUUUGCUCUUGAAAAUCUACAGAGAGCUACAUACUUGUGUUCUUUCAAAAGUAAUCCUAUUUGUACAUCCAUUAAUUGGCUUAUUCAUUUUUGCUUUUUAAAUCUGGUGGGUUUUUUUUUAGUGUACUCUGAAGCAUGAACUCUAAUUACAAAGAGGCUGUGGGAGACAAAACAGCUUAAUUGCAUAUAUUUUAAUUGUUACGCAUAUGUGUUUGUCAUUAGUACAUCUUGUUCUUCAAAUAAGUUGUAGACUUUUUUGUACACUUUGAUUUGCAUAGGUUUUAUAACUCGGCCUCUGUAUGCAAAGUGCUUUGCAAAGAAAAAUGGCAUUUUAAAUGUCACAAUACUGGACCCUUUCCAUACUAUAUACUGUGGCAUGUUUUCUGUAGAAAUAUGGAGUGUUCUAAAUCAAGCAAAGGAAGUGAAUGGCAUCAUCUGGCAGAAGAGGACUGAACAUGAGGAAGUCUGAUAGAAUGGAAUACAAGUAUUGCAUGGAGUCUUGGAGGAGGGGAGCUGUAGGACAAAGGUUCUGGAGGUUGUGACAAAAAGAAUAAAACGGGGGGAAAGUGCUGGGGCCACGCAUUUCUUCUGGACCUGAUACUAGCUUGUGCCAUGCAUCCCUCCAUGCACACAAUUCCAUUCCAAACAUACAGUCUCAUGAAAAUGAAAGAGAAGUUUCAGUUUUGUUUCUAAAAUUAUAUAAAUUGGCAUUUUCAUGCUAAUGGCCUUGCAUCCCCUUGCUUGCUCCCCCAUAAAGCCAGCUCAGCUGUGGUGCAGUAUGCCAAAGGUGUUAAGAUGAGCUACACUCCAGAACUGCAGGAACUGAUACUCUGUCAGGCAGAAGGAAAACUACUAUUGCCUAUUGGGCAUUUUUGGUGUUGAUUGGGAGUUUGUUACCUGGGGAUAUGCAAGCCAAUGGGCAGUAAAAACAUCUAUUGCCAGUAACUGUAUGAAUCUUGUUUGUGGAUGGAAUCUACAGUAACAACAGUUGAGCUCAGCUCAUACUCUUGCCCUAAGUUGACUCUUUCAGUCAGAAUUGGAAAGCAACAUUGGCUCCUGCCUCUGGGGAAGCAAGAUCACAGAAAGCUGCCCUGGAAAGGAGAACUUUCCUGGUGUGGUCAAAAUGCUCAAAUUGCAGAGGAGAACUGCUUCACACACAUGGCUUUCCCAAGUAACUGGAAACCCACAGACUUUGAAUUCUUAGUGGCAAUCACACUACCAGUAUAAUUUAAGAACCAUUUUUGCUUAGGUUGUAUAUUACGGCAUAAUUUAUUGGAUUUGUUGAUACUUAUUUGUGUUUGUCAACCUCGGUGUUUUCUGUUCAUUCAAUCACGUGUGACUGCAUUGCCGCAAUUCCUCCAAAACUUGUGUGUGUAUACAGGAAGAUGAUAUGCAUAGACAGAUUCUUUUACUGCUGCUAGUGCAAUUCUAAUUGCAAGGAUACAAGCACUUAAAAGCAGAUGCUUUUGCUUUCUCUCUAGCAAUAGGAAUGUUUGUGGAAAAAACUACAGGUAAAGUUCCAGUUGCUCUCUCAACUCUCUCCCUUGAACACAAGGCUGACUCCAGGUUAGGAAGGGCAACCUGGCCAAGAUAAUCACCAAUAGCCACCGUAUUAUAGGCACAUUGCCUCUUCAGUGCAAAUUAAUUUUU